UUAUUUUUAUCUCAUAAAAAGGUUGGGAAUAAGUUUGCCCUAUGUAUGAACAAACUUAGCUCCAACCGCUUAAAAACCUUUGCUGCUGCAGAUCAACGAAAUAUCAUUCCAAACAUUCUUAUCCUAUUUUUUGUUUCGAGCAUCAUAGCAUUAUGUUAUUAUAUUUUUAUUCAGAUAUUCGUUUUCAUAAAAUGAGCUGAGUAGGAGAUGGCAGAGUUUCCAGGAUAUAUUCGUUACUGCUUGAACACAGGGAAACUUCUCCUUUUAGCAGUUUUGGUCUCUGGAGGAGUUGUCUUGCACAUUUUGGCAUGUGCAUUAUAUAAAAAUUGGUGGCCAAUGCUAACUGUUAUAACAUAUGUGAUUCUUCCAGUACCUUUGCUCUUCUUUGCGGGAUCUGAACGUUCUUCUGUAUUUUCUGAAUCAGAUAACACCUGGGUGAAUGCAACCAAGUUCAUAAGUGGGGUAUCAGCUGUUGGAAGCAUUGCCAUUCCAGCCAUAUUAAAGCAUGCUGGUGUUAUCAGUUGGGGAGCACUUGCUAUGGAACUCUCUUCAUUCUUUGUGUUUGUAUCUGCCAUAAUGUUUUUCAUAAGGAUGAACGAUGAAGAUGAUUAUAGUAUUCUUUGAAGUGAGGGCAUGAAGGCUUGCUUCUUCCUCUAAAAAAAAAGACCUCAAAGUUAGAGGACCAGAAUUGGAAGGUUUUUCAUCCAAAGCAAUCUGAUUGUAUCAUGAGUAAACUUUCUUCACGUUAGACGUUCGUGCAUUUUAUCAAAUGCAUCUUGUGAUAUACA